AUGCGUUUCAUCUCUGCCAUUCUUCUAUCCCUCCUGGCAUCUAAGGGUCGUGCUAAAGAUUUCAAAAACCCUAAAAUUCCGCUGUCAAGGACCACGUCCAACAGUCUCAAUUGCGACGGCGACGAGUGCUUCGAAUUCAGAAAUGUGCCCUUGACUGCAAACAUUAAGGUUAUUGAUGACUACAACGGCGAUGUCCUCUCUAUCACCAAUGGCCCGAGUGGUGAUAUCAUUGAGAUCAAGGAUGGAGAAGCCAAUCCAUGGUAUUUUGAGCAUCUUACGGCGGCCACCCAUAUUAUACGCGAUAGCAAAAGCACCCGAUUCAUACAUUUUCCAGAACUCAAGGAUGGAGCAGUUGCUACCUUUAGCGAGACAGCCGCCACCUUAUUUGAGGUUAUAUUUUCACCAAAUGCUGUCUUCAAUAUCUCCGCGAGUUAUACAGAGGGAGACGGCAUUCUAGCGUGGACUACAGAACCGUAUAGCACCAAUGAUUCACGCAUGGUCCUCAAAUUGCGCAAAUGGGCAUCUGGAAAAGGCCGGCAGGAAUAUGUCAUGGCUACGGUGCCAAAAACAGGGUGA